AAAUGAGAUCAGCAGAGAAUGUGCAACAGUUUUUAGAAUAGACCAUAGAAGCCACAAACAACAUCAAAAACACAGCAGAAUUGAAGAAGAUGAACUCCAGACUCUCAGCGCUGAUCCUGCUGCUGCUCGUUCCAGGCUCCAGUCAACAAAGGCUUUGUGCUGUGAAGGAGUCAGAUGUCACACUGUGGUACUCUGACUACGACAUCAACAUCAAAACUGUGUUCUGGUUCAGCAAGAAACAAAGAACAAACUGGAGAAACGGCAGUGAACCUGAAGAUUUGACUUUAGACUCAGACUACUCAGGACGAGUGAAACAUCAGAUCUCCAGCGGGUCUUCAGCACUUAAAAUAUCAGACGUGAGAGAGACAGACUCUGGAGAAUAUCAGCUCAUGUUUAUCAUGAAGAAUGGAGCUAAACAUCUCAGCUCAGCAGCCGUCAGUCUAACAGUCACAGACCUGCAGGUGAGGAAGAAUUCUGCAUCUACAGACCCCACCGAUAAGAGAGUAGAACUGACUUGUGUUUCUUCCUGCACUUUGACCUCUGGAGAUUAUUACUGGAUGAAGAAUGGACAGUAUUUCACACAUACAGAGUCCCCCAACAUCCUUUUGUCACCCACCAGUGAUGCUGGCAGCUAUUCCUGUUCUUAUUAUCCAAAUCUUAAUUAUCGCUCCUCUUCUGUAUGUGUUUCUCAGAGCAGCUGCUGGGAUGUGACUUACACCUCUAGAAGAGUCUGUGCUGUGGUGGGAUCAACUGUAGAGAUUUCCAGCACAUACUCACAUCCCCCUGGUCAUACUGUAAAUAAAACAUUCUGGCAUUACGGUCCAUCGGGCGAGGCUAAGGAUCUGCGUGAGGAGCAUCAGUUUUCUGGUCGUGUGGAGUAUGUGGAGAACAAACUGAGAAUCAAAGAUCUCAAGAUCAGUGACUCUGGAGAAUAUAGAUUCAGGAUCAUCACUGACUUAAACCAGUACCCAGGAUCACCUGGAGUCAUUCUUACUGUUACAGGUACACAGAUAAAAAGAAGCCCAGCUACUGCAUUACAGAAAGAGGAAGUGAUAUUAAGCUGUUCAACCAAUUGCACUCUGAGUGGCGACACAUCUUACAUCUGGUACAAGAACGGACGACAGGUAACAGAUGGGUUCACUAAAGACAACAAGCUGUAUCUGGACUCAGUCAGCAGUGAAGAGCUUCAACAGUAUUCCUGUGCUGUAGGAGAUCCAGUGAAGAGCACAGCGUUCAGUCAGUAUACAGUCACUCUGCUGGUGUUUUUACCUCAGUUUCUCAUCAUAGCUGUUCUGUGGAUGCUGUUUUUCUUCAAAAUGCAUCUCAUUACGAAGCCAAACUGUAAAGAAAAGAGAUGACAGUGUGGAGAAUGUUCCCCUCCAUCCUCCCCACCACCACCAGGUUGGCCCUGUCCGAAUGCGGGGUGGGCUCCACUUCUGCAGAUUCAAGCUAUGGACUGAGUCUAUGCCAAAGAAUACUGCUACAUAUAUUGGUUUUGUUAAAUAAAUACAUUUCAAGUCCUAA